AUGAGUUGGACUACCUCGUACCUCUGGGGGGAGAUUUUUCAGUGUGGGAACGCGUACCUCCAAGAUCCGAUCGUGUUUACGCGAUUUAUCGACUCUCUACCGUCCGAAUAUGAGGUAUCGAAGGAGACGCUGGCAUCCACCAUAGACCUCAUAAGGGACACCCUCAUCCGGGUGGUGGUUACCCGGUUCCGCACCAUCAGCAAGAAAGCGGCGCGGGCGAAAGCGCCAAAGGCAGUAAAACAGGCCUUCCUCGCUAGGGACGGCGGGGGGGGGCAACGGGGCGGCCGUAGCAACGGGCGGAACAAGAGAGGAAAAGGCGGUGGCACCGGCGAGAACAAUAGCAAAUCGAACGGCGACGCCCCUGACCAUCAGCGGUGCUUCAGGGACAACCAGAAGGGACACUACAAAUGGGACUGGGACACGGAGGAGUCCAAGUUCAUCCCGAGGUGCGAAAAAUGCUCGGGGUUCGGCCACACCAAGGAAAAGUGCCCGUCUGUUGAUGAAGUGGCGACGCUGGCGAUCCAACUGCCUGAGCGGUGCAGCAGCCUGGAGUAAAUGCUGGAUGUCGAGUGCGAGGCGCUCUGAGAAAAGGAAAGGGGGGUCGAGGGGGUGAAAGAGAGCACGGGGCCACGGCGGAUACUACUUUCUGGUUGAGAUUCGUGAGUGAUGUUGAAUGAUUUUGAUUGUGACGAAUGAUACCGAAGGUUUCUACAGGGGAUUCACGGUUAAGGCGUUUCCAUUUUCUGAUUUGGCCUUCGUAGAGUGAUGGUAGUUUCACUUACGAUCAUGCAAUCAAUGAUGUUUUGUCGAAAGGGGAUUAGCGGUUCAGGCAUUUCCAUUCCUGAGUGUGGGUGUCCUGUUGAGCAAUUGUAGUUCGUCUUAUUCGAAAGUAAAGUCCAGGCGUGUUAUCGUGGGUGUUUCGCACGUCAAUCGUAAUUCGGCUCCAAAAACCAGCCAUUCUAUGAUGGGGAUUCGCGGUACGGGCGCUUCCAUUUCGUGCUGUUCGCGGGCGAUGAAAACUUUGUCCGGGGCAGAAUAAACGGGGAAUGCGGGGCCAAGCGUAUCAAAUGAGGGGGUGCAGCACAGGCGCUCCCCGCGGCCGAUGAAAACUCACGCACAGAUGUACACAGGACCCGGUGUAUCAAAAGUUGCAGACACCGGCGCAGGUAGGUGUGGAUCCGUGUACCAGACGUAUCACCUUGUGUGCGUGAGGUGGAAAUGGGGAGGGGAGGACACCGUUCAUGGUGACAUUCCCGUUGUUGCUGCAGGAACCACUGUGUAUGGCUUGUAGGAGGAAAGGAAGCCUCAGCAAUGAUAAAUUCUCGAUGCAGUAGACAGUCAUGCGUGUUUUUCCGCGAGCGUUGAAUGAGAGGGGUAUGGUGUGAGCGCACCACUCGCUACAAAGCGAGGGAGGUUAUCGCACGACAUGAUGGCCCGCAGUGUUCUUCGAGUGAGGGAGAGCAGCCAUAUCGACGCGUGCUGCAUAGUGGUUGAUGAGAAUUGGAACUUUGUUUUCUCUGAGGUCGUUGAGAAUUGGAACUUUUUUUUUCUGAGAGUUGAAGAGUUGUGCGUAAGCAGGCUGAAGUUUGACUUUGAGAGUCGGAGUACGAGUUGAAUGCAAGGAGGCUUAUCAUGCUUGAUGCGUUUGGCAAAAC